AUGACAGCAGGUCAUUCCUCGUCAUUUCCAGCCUUCUCCGAGAAAGCCAUUAGGGAUGCUCUGAACUUGAAGACGUCCGAGCUAGGCGGAGUCCCGAGUGAAAACGACCCCUUCCAGGUUUGCUUUGCUGGGGUCGAUGAGGCCGACCCAGCGGAUGCGAGCUCAAUCUUCGAGGAGGCUCAACGUCUUUGCUCAAUUGCCUUCGACAAAUUGAAGACCGAAUUGCGUCAUUGUGAAGCCGAGUUGCAUAGAGCUUCGAAUGAGGAGAAAACCCUUAGGCUUCUCCUUGACAAAAAGGAGGAAGAACUGAAGCAUCUUCGAUCGGUGUUGACCAAAGCUCGUGAAUACAAGAGUGAUUUAGAAAAUAAGCUCUGGGGCAAGGUAGAUCAAGUUCGAGCCGAGUGCAAUGAAUGGAAGGCGAAGAUGGACACCCUCGUUGUGACUAAAAAUGAUGCACAGGCGAAGGCUGGCAGAAUAGCCGAGCUCGAGGUUGGUCUUGCAAAGGCCAAGGCCGAAGUUGUGGAAGUCCAGGCCGAAGCCAGAGAAAUACAAGCCAAGUCCGACAAGACGGUGGACAUCUAUUUGAAGGAUGCUACCGAUGCUCAGAUGGAGUUGAGGGGAGCUUCCGACCGAGAGAAAAGAAGCAAUGACUAUGCCCGACGCCGAUCCCGGAGGGAGACCCUCGAAGAGGUCCAUGCUAAGGGCUUCGAUCUUUCCGAGGAGAUAAAGCAAGCUAAGGCAGAUGAGGCUGAUGCCAAAUUUGUCCUUUCCUCCAACGAUGAUGAUGACGUCGAAGAUGAUGAAGAGGAGGAGGUUGCCGAAGAAGCUACCCCCGGGGAAGAGGCUGGUCCCAUGGGAGUGACAGGUCCGGGGGGAAUGCCCCUCUGGUGUAGGUAG